AUGAGCGUGGCGUCGACGCCUUCUUCCGUGUCAUCGGACGACUCGUCGACGUCGGCGACGACGGCGGCCAACAAUGCGUUUGUUCCAGUUCACCGCAAGCGACAACACGGCGACGCAAAAAUUGAGGCGGCCGUCAAAGCGUGCCAAAUUGGCGAUAUCGCCAUGGUGAGAAAGGUGCUCGAUGAGAAUUUGCCGCCGAAUGAGUAUGAUGAGGAACAAUGCACGAUGCUUCAUUGGGCUUCAAUCAACAACAAUGUGGAUAUAAUAGAACUUUUGAUCAAACACGGCGCGAGCAUCAACAAAAUAGGCGGCAAUUUGAAAUCGACACCACUUCAUUGGGCGUGCCACGUCGGCCACUUGAAUGCCAUCGUUUGUUUAGUGAUGAAUGGCGCCGACGCCGGAAUUCGCAACACCAACGGCGAGACGGCAAUCCACGUGGCAGCGCAUUCAGCAAACUCCACAAUCUUGGCAUAUUUGCUAACGAAAUUCGAGCAUUUAAAAGACGCUCGCGACAAUUGUGGCAUGUCGGCGUUGAUGAUAGUGGCGCGCGAAAGCCACGGCAUGUUUCCGAUACGCAUCUUUCUGCAAUUCAACGUUUUUCUCGAUUUCGCCGAUGAGCGGAAACAUGAAACAGCGCUUCAUAAGGCGAUAAAAAGGUCGAAUUAUAUUGGAGCAAUAGAACUUAUAGCUGCUGGCGCGGAUACAACAAUUUCGAAUCAUGCGGGAAACACGGCGUUAUGUGUGCUUGACAAGAAGAAGCUCAGAUAUGUGACAAAUGGGGUGAAACGAACGAGGCUGGAAAAGUAUGGCACCAUACCGCAGAAGGUGCUAUCAAGGGACUUUCUUCUCGAUGCCGCUGUCUCCAUUCUUCCCCUACUUUUGCUAUCCGCCUUAUUCGCGCUUCUCGAAUUCGGCCAAUAUCUCAUCGCCAUUGGACUCUUAUUCAUUUCGAUCGACAUCAUUUGCGUCAUUUAUUUUCAAUUCUCGAUCGACGACGCCACUCAUUUUCCGGUGAUGUAUUUCAUCACAAUGGGCACCUCGAAAAUUGUAUUGAUGAUUUUCAACGCUGAAAAUUUCUCAACAUGGUAUAUGAUCGUUCCCGUUGGAAUUUUGUACACCAUCUCAGCCAUCUUGUUUAUAUGGUUGUCCAUUGACAAUUCCGGUGUAAUUCCGCUCUAUCGUAACCCGCGCGAGCAAUUCGUGAAAUGGCUCGAAAGCGAUCCGACCGACGGCAAAUUCUGCUUCACGUGUUGGGUGCCGAAGCCGAAAAACUCGCACCAUUGUCGAAUUUGCAACCGAUGCGUUCGCGAAUUUGACCAUCAUUGUCCCUGGGUGAAAAAGUGCAUCUAUCGGCAGAAUUUGCGAAUUUUUGUCGGCCUAUUAUUAUCGUGCCUGAUCUACUGCACCACAUUUUUGGCGAUUUUGAUCAUUUUUCUUGUCGAAACCACAAAGAAAUUAGGUGCUGUCGAAACCAUUCAGCAAAACGGGAUGGUGAUUAUUUAUGCGGUCAUCACAGUUCCUCAUAUCGCCGCAUUUUCGAAUAUCGCUUUGAUACAAUUGAGACAAAUUUCUAGCGAUACUACCACUAUUGAGGAGAUUCGGAAGAAGCGACGAGAGGCGAGAACGGAAACAACGUAA